AACGGUGAGGAGUACCAUUGUACUACAUAUGUAAGCUCCAUACACACAGUUCACAAGAGCUAUUGGGCUUGCAUCUGUCACCUCAACUUAUAUCAUCCUCAUAGGUAGCAUCAACACAGCUACUGUUCCCAACUCGCAAAUUGUAUGAGUAUAUAGACACAAAAAGUAACCAUGGUCAAGCUUGGGAACGUUGCUGGGCUAUUGAUGUGCUCGCUAGCGUCGAGCGUUUCGGCACAGAUACAGUUUACUACGGCAUCAGUCACAGUUACAUCGACGGACACGCAGCCGAUCACAACUUCUACCACUACACAAUUCACGGGUUUCCCGGCGACAGGCACAACAACUAUCACAGUAUCUGGAACGUCUGUAACAGUCGUCGGCGGAGUAACAUCAACAAUCGUACAGAACACAUUCCUGGGCCCUACCACCACCACCUCGACGUCGACCGAGUCUAUCCUGGAGACAGUCGUAGUGACCGUCACCUCAGCCGCUCCCAGUCCAAACCCUUCAGUGAUCCCCGUCCCCACGUGCGGAUUUGCGAGCAACUGUGCGGUGGGAAAAACCAUAUGCGUAUCCAACAUCGCGCUGUGUGACCAGGGCGGAUGUGAACCUGGUUUUUAUGUCGAUGGAGAGGAUGAAGACAGUCCGGGUGUCUGUCGAUCGUGUGCGCAGUUUGAUCUUCCUGGUGAUAGCGGUACCACGUGUUUCGAAUGUGACAGUGAGAUGUGCAUCGACUGUGGCGACGGCUUCUCCACUGACCCCGAAACGGGCAUGUGCUUCUCCUGCAGUGAGUUUGGGUUACACUGCUCCAGUUGUACUGGAAGUCAGUGUAUUGAAUGUGAAACCGGGUCGUUCCUCGAUCUGCGCGGACUGUGCAAAGAGUGCUCGCCCACACCUGCGUGUCAACAGAACAGCACGCUGUGCACAGACGGAUCCUUCAGUUCGUGUCUGCAGGGCGAGUGUGACCCAGGCUUCUUCAACAGUAUCCUUCUGCCUAACUCGACGUGUCUAGCUUGUCGCCCGGCAACUGGAUGCCGAGCCGGCUUUGAGCGGUGUUUGGGAGAUGGCAAUUCGAGUGUGUGUGUGACAGACCAGUGUCUGCCCUAUUGGUACAAUUUGCUGAAUUUCACCAACCCAGCACCCCCAGCCAUCGAUUCUGGGUCCGAUCUGGCCGCAAAUUCCACGUGCAGUCCAUUAAUUGUAACUUUUGAGACGGAUUUGGGUGAGAGUUUCCUACUGGAUGUCCAGGCCCAGAUAGAUUGGCUCGAUUCUCUAGCUCAAGUCUUAGUGCCAGAUCCCGAUGCUGGUGUGCGUACCCAGUUUCAGUACAGAAUCUUCUACCGACGAAUCUACCCGAACGAAUACCGUAACAAUCUCAUUGACAUCGGCCUGGAGCUCCCUACGUCUGACAUUCAGGCAGUGCAGACUCUGUUUCUGCAGAACGACGUCGCUCUCCGUCGCGUGGGUAUCACAUGUCUUGUGAUCGGUGGUACGUAUUUGGCUGUAGAUGAUCUGGAUGAUGAGCGUCCCUAUGGCGCGUACCAGCGGCCGCUGUGUCUGGACUGUGUGGAAAUACCGAACUGUGCCGUGCGUGUGUCUUGUGAGGGCAACAACCAGGUGUCCCAAUGCGCUGCCUGUGAGGUGGGGUACUAUCAGAUCCCUGGAAAGUACCGUGUCUCGGACCAGUGUGUGCCCUGUCCCGAGGCGUUCAAGUGCAACGAAGGCUUCUCGCGCUGCCCGCAGUUUGAAAGCGAACUACUCGAAGAGAGCCGCUGUGUGGACGGAGAGUGCCGCGACAGCUACUCCGGCGAGCCAUCGCCUAACACCACGCUGCUCUCACAGUUCUAUGUCAACACGUCGCCUAUCCAGGAAGUGACGGUCACAUGUGAACCCUGCCCCACCUCGUACGGGUGCAAGAACAGAGAGUCCUCGCGUUGUACGCUGACCAACACGCCAGUGUUGGGUCAAGAGUUCAAACCUACGUUCACUGGUACCUGUUUGUCGGGCGCGUGUGAGAAGCCCUUCUACAACUAUGUGGGCGACUGCCUGUCCAACAAUGCGGGAACUACGGGCCGCAGUUGUUAUCCCGAGGACACUUCGGCGUGUUUCUUGGCCAGUCUCUCGGUCCAAAUCCCAUACGACUGGGGCAAUGUCACGGCAGAAGUCAUCCAGGAGUUCGAUGACCUAUUCGCCUUAACAUUCGGACUGCAGACAGGAAAUCUGGACCGGUAUCCCUUCUCCACCUACGUGCUGGGUAUUCGCCAGAACAAGACGUCCGGCAACAUUCUCGUGGACAUGUUUGUGCCUGCGACGUCCGUCAAUACCAUUCUUCAGCGGGCCGUGGCAGAACCGGCCGACGAGGACCUAGCUCUUACAGGCGCCCAGAUUAUAUCUACCUAUUCCGACUGUGUGACGGCAGGUUACGAUACAGUGCCACACCCCAUCCAGCUGAACUGCGUGAAGAUCGAUAACUGCUUGUCCGGGAACACCACCUGUGAUUGGGGCCCAUAUGCUGCUCGUUGUACCGAGUGUCAGCAGGGUUACUUCAACAAUGCGAGCAUAGGCUACUAUCCAGACCAGUGUGUCGCUUGUCCCACGGCCCGCAACUGUACCGACGCGGCGACAGACGGGUCGACCAACACUGUGUGCACCUGCCCCAGUGAUUCACAGUGCUUGUCUGGGCAAUGUGAGUAUGGUUACUGGAACAACCCGCCACUGCCACUACUGGACUGUGGGUUCAAUGAUUCGUACUCCUGCUGGCCUGAGACCACACUACGCAAGGCAUCCAGGGGUCACCUGGCAGUCAGUCAGCCGGUGCUGUCGAAUGUAGCGCUGUCCUUUUUGGAUCCCGCCAGUUCGGAUCUGUAUUCGGCCGAGUUGUACGGUCUCAGACGAACCGAUCCUUUCCACACCUGUCCAGAAUACGGCGUGAAUGAACCCGCCAGCAAGAGAGACCGCAUGAGUGGCUAUAAUGUGGGAUACUGGAAUUUCAACGCCACCGGCCAAUUCUGGGCCGACUACAACAACCGAGCCAUUUUCGAGCUACAAAAAGACGAUAAAUGGACCAAAACUUGUGGACCCCGCCCCGAACCCAAGAAUUCGUCCUAUUGUAGACGGUGGACUGAAUGCGAGGAUGGCGAGUACGAGAGUGUCCGACCAACGGCGAUCAACGAUCGCCGUUGCGAAACCUGCACCGAAUGCGACUACUCACUUCAGUACCGUGCCCAAAACUGCACUCAAUUCCUCGAUACUAUCUGUAUCAACUGCAUACAGGCGUGUGAUUGUCCCGUGGGUACGUGGUUGUCCUGUCCCUGUACGGGUGCGGCACAGGGUGUGUGCUCGGACUGUACCAUCUUCGACACCAACUGCGCAACGCCCUACUGUGUGAACGGUGCGGAAACCGAAUGUCUGUUCUGCAAUGACGACUACUAUCUCAACCAGACCCAAAACCUGUGUGUCGCCUGCUCUGUGUCGGCGUGCGGCACGCAGGAGUAUCUUCAGGAGUGCACGGAUUAUGAAGAUUCUGCCUGUCUGGACUGUCCAAGACCGGAACAUUGCGCGAAUACAAGCACAUGGGAAUGUACAGGCCCUCGCGAUACCUAUUGUGAAGUGGGAGGCUGUGUGGACGGCUACAGCAAUAACGAUGAGGAGCGUACAUGUGUUGUCGACGGCACGGCGUACAAUGAGCUGUUCUAUUUUAAGGGUGUCCAAUUGGUAGACGAUCCUGACGCAAAGGCAACGAAAGAUACGGACGACGGCCUGUUUGACGACAACAACAACGAGCCCGAUGUCUACGUGGACGUUGACGGACAAAAGAUAAAAAUAAAACGAAGGGAAGCCGACCAAAGCCUUGAGACCAAAGGGAAAGGGCAACGGGAAACGGAUGAACAAUCGGAUAAACAGACCGCGAAAAAAACGGUGAAAGAGGAUUGA